AUGAUAUUUCUAUCUGCGGGCCAUCGCAAGGCCCAUCGGCCUUCGAUAGCCUUGCUUGUGGUCCUCGUCAUCGCUCUUCUCGCCCAAAUAUCAGUCGCCCAAAAGUUGACGGAGGCCCCCGACUCUCGGACGACUGAUGCUGCGACAACGGCAGACCCUGCCACAACGGAGCGCACCACGGCUGCGGAGACGACUGCCGCAUCAACAGCUGAGACGACAGCUGAGACGACUGCACGCACCACCGCAGAAACCACCGCCAAAACCACCGCCGAGACAACCGCCGAGACCACUUCCGAGACCACUGCUAAGACGACCGCCGCGACGACAGGAUUCACAGCAACAACAUCUGAAUCGUCGACAUCUGCAUCCACCACUGAUUCGACCACUUCCACCACCCAGUCCUCCGGUCUAGUUCCCGUGGUCACGGUGCCGCCCGUUGGCGAUGCGCCCUACAUGCAGAAAUCGGACACGCCAGAGGGAACCGUGUUUAUCGCUGUCGGAGCGGUUUUAGGGUUCGUAGGACUCGCCAUUCUCGCAUGGCGUGGACUGGUCGCCUGGUCUGUCAACCGAUCGGUUCGUCGAGCAGCGUUGAUGCACUCGUCCGAGACAAAGGGUCUCCUGCGCACCAGGAAGAAGAGGUCGACAGUGCACACUCAAGCCUCUAUGCCGGCCGUCUCACUCGACAAGUUAAGCAGUAACAAACGCGGUAGCCAUGCGAAUCCGCGAUCCUCCAAGGUCCCAAGCUCGAGCAGCGGUCUCUUCUUCUCCCCAACCGCAGGAGCGCACACAAGCGGGAAUCGGGGCUCCAGCUAUCUCCCAGCCGGGUACUAUGCCGCCGGGAGUUCCGCCGCUGGCAGCCACCCCAGCAUGCAUUUCUCUUCCUCGGAUCUUCCAGGCCUUGGUCCCCAGUCGCAAGGCUACGUCCGCACGCGAUCGGGCCCCAGCCCGCCCGGCACACCGACGUACGAACCUUCGCCCCAUCAUGCUGCACGACAGUCCUAUGUGGGCGGUUCCACCAGCUCGUUGAACCUGUCCUCGCCGCCACCCCAAGGAAGAACUCCUAGUGCAUAUCUUGAAGACCUGUUCGAGAACCAUGCGCCUCAACAACAAAACCGAAACAGCCGCCGCUAA